CGACAGCCGAGCAAGGAGGGAGGGCAAGUCCAGGUCACGCCUCAAGAUGUGAAGAUUUUCUUUCCUGUCACGUGCAUGUCGAAAUCUAGACUAAAGUGCAUUAUCUGCGUCGAGUCAAAUCUGUAAGGAUUGUGUCGGGCAGACUGCGUGUGUCGCUACGGUUCUGCCCACAGCUCACUGACCCACGUCUAACCGGAGCUCCCGGGAGAGACCCAUUCUGUCACGCGGAGAACACAGAAGCGUAUCACAAACACUGCAGAAUUCACCAUGUCCAAGCAAAGAACGGUGUACGUGGAGUGUGGGAAACCUACCCAAGUACUUUAUGUCAUUGGAACUGUAAUUAAUGUUGAUAUUUACAAGCCAUCUCCUCCGUUAUGUCAGACCUUUGAAGUCACCUCAAGUCCUGGUGUUGUUUGUUCCAUCUCAGAUCGAAAGAAUUCAAAUAUUGCUGCUCUAUCUGCAAAUCGCUGGACUCUCAGUAAAGAGAUCUUUCUUCAGAUCAGGGUGGACCAAGUAAGCCAUACUCCCAACGAUAAAAAGGUUACGGUUAUGUUCUACAAAGAUGAUUUGGCAAAGCCCUUUGAUCAGAUGAUCCUUGAGCUCACGGCGAUCAUUGUGUCAUUGGAUGUGGAUGCAGAUCGUGAUGGUAUCGUUGAGAAGAAUAAUCCCAAUAAGGGUUCCUGGAAGUGGGGUUCCAAAGGACACGGAGCCAUUCUUCUUGUGAACUGUGACCAGGAGGAGACCAGUGGAACUGACAACUCUGAUGACAAAGUUGCUGUAUUUGAAGACUUGGCAGACAUGUCACAUAUGAUUCUAAGAACCGAAGGACCAAACAGUUUGCCAGCUGGGUACAAACUGAAACUGUCCAUUUCACCUCCUGAUGAAGAGAAAGUGCAGAUCUUCCGCCAUGAUAUGACAAAAAUGACGAGAGUGUUGGGUAGAAUGGAGAUGGCAACUGAUGUGGAAUUUACAAAAGGGAACAACGACAUUCAUUUCUUUGCUGAAGGGCUCGUGUUUCCAAAUGCUAAGAUUACUAAAUUGGUGACCAUCCACCUUGACUUGCUGCAAAAAGUGCAUUACAAAGACAUUCCCAUUUUCACUGAACAAGUCGUAUUUUGUUUGGCUCCAUGGAUUAUGACUCCUAAUACUCUGUGUCCUGCAGAAGUAUUUGUGUGCAGUAUAAAAUAUAAUGAAAAAUUCCUGAAAGACUUCAGAGGUUUAGUGGAAAAGGCACAGUGCAAGCUAACAAUUUGUCCUGAAAGCAAGAACCUCUCAGAUCUCUGGAUUCAGGAUGAAAUUGAAUUUGGUUACUCAGAGGCUCCUUCCAAGUACCUGGACGUGGUGUUGGACUCUCCUCGAGACAGGGGACUAAAGGAUUUUGCCUACAACUGUCUCCUGGGUUCAGAUUUUGGACACAUAAACGUGGCAGGUGAAUACAGAAACAGUCUGAACAGCUUUGGAAAUCUAGAGGUCAGUCCUCCAGUGACAGUGAACGAAAAGGAGUAUCCACUCGGAAGGAUCAUCAUUGGAAGCAAUUUACCCAAUUCUUCUGAGGGGAGAAAGAUCUCAAAGGCCAUUCAGGACUUUUUGAUUGCUCAGGAAGUGCAGUCUCCUAUUGUGCUGUACUCUGACUGGUUGGUUGUCGGUCACGUGGAUGAGUUCAUGAGCUUUGUUCCAGCCCCUGACAGAAAGGGUUUCAGGCUUCUACUGGCCAGUCCUGAUUCUUGCUACAGGCUGUUUAAUAAGCUCAAGGAAGAAGGUUAUGGAGAAGCCCAGAUGUUUGAAAAUCUAAGUGUGAAGCAAGUCAAAAUUAAUGAAAUCCUGAAUGAUCAAAUGCUGCAUGAGAUGAAUGCUUUUGUACAGCAAUGUAUUAAUUGGAACAGAGAUGUGCUAAAGAUGGAAUUGGGAUUAGAUGAAGGAGAUAUCAUUGAUAUUCCUGUUUUGUUUCAUCAGUCGGAUUACUUGGAAAGAGUUAUAGCUUACUUUCCAGAUAUGGUGAACAUAAUAGUCAUUGGCAAAUUUGUAGGCAUCCCAAAGCCUUUUGGGCCACUGAUAAAUGGAAAAUGCCCACUGGAAUCUGCAGUGCGCUCAGCACUAGAACCACUUGGCCUGGAUUGCACCUUUAUUGAUGAUUUCGCCAACUACCACGUACGCCUUGGUGAAAUUCACUGUGGCACAAAUGUCCGUCGGAAGCCAUUUACUUUUAAGUGGUGGAACAUGGAGAUAUAAUCAGCAGCUGUAGUAUCCAAAAGGACUAAAGUAUUGUUUUAUUUUUCACCUUGAUCUUUUCUAAAGCUUUGGUAAAGUGUGAUCUGCUGAAACGGUCACCACACUUUGACCUGGAACCUCUGCUUAUCUCUUCUCAUGACCUUGAAAGAAGCCACUGAUCCAUUUUCGAAGCAGUUCGGUUCCUCAUUACUCGACCCGGGAAUCGAAUCAUUAGACCUGGUGCUCAUUAUGUCAGUGCGACAGCCAAAGAUAAAAUUUUGAGAGUGUAAUCUGGCAUCAGUCGGGAAAUUUUGACAGGUACUACCUCAUGUGAAUGUCUUGCAGGUCUAAUGGGAUUCCCAUGUCAGAGGAUGAUCAAGAGAUGGCAUUUCUCCAGCUGUUCUCCAGGAGCACUGCUAAGGAAAUAAAUCAGGCCAAUCCAAGAGUGCUUCUAGGACACAUAGAUUUCCAUAGCAAGAUCACACCAAUGUCAUCCUCUGAGCCCUCUGCCCAAAAUUCAUUAUGUAGAAAAGAGACAUAUACUAUGAGUGUCAUAACAUUAGGAUGGGCAUGUGCGCCUUUUAAACCUAAAGUGUGACCUGUUCCUCUACCCAUCACUCGGGAAGUCCAAGCUCUGAAUACCUCCAACCCCAACCCAAGGCCAUGAGGACGAAGGAGCACGGAAUAAAGGGAGGGAGGAUGCCAAUUACUCAACCCACUCCAAUUGCUCAUCUUAUCACCUGCUCUUCUGACCCUUGUCCUAAUGCCCACAUGGGUAUCACCAUCACCCAUAAAGCUUGCUACUGCACCCUUGGAAGUGGGAAUUGUUACUCAUUUCACUCAGUACCAGGUGCUUCACUGGAGCCAACACAACAUAAAAUUACACUCACAGUAAACUAGUGGCAUUGAUUCAAGAGAAUUCUAAUAAUCCCACACAAUUGGUACCAGAUUUUUGCCAAAACCAAUAGCUUCAAGCUGUUAAGAUAGCAGUAAUAGUCUUUCAUACUGAUGAUUGACAGCUCAGAUCCUCACAAAUGCUACCUAUACAUUCCUGGGUUUAGAGAGGCAAAUGCACUUUCUGGACCUGUUGAUUCAUUUGGAGGACACCGAGUUCAUGCUAAAAAUCUACUUAUGUGUAUGUGUCUUUGGUUCCUUGAAUCAAUUUUUGAGCAAUCCUUGAACAAAGUGGUCUACACUCCUGGCCAAAGAGAAGACAGUGUUCUUUAGAAUGUAUUAAAGAUACUGUACUUCACAAGUCACUGCUAGCCACAUCUUUCGUCCUUAAAAUGUCAUUUAUAAACAAAAUAUUUCCAGUCUGGUAACAAAGUUUUGUAGCCGAGGAGGAUGAUGGUCUUUCAGAGUCAAUGCCUACAAUGCCAACUCCUUCCAAAACUGGUAGAAAUCUAAACCAGCUCAAUCACUUACUUGAUGGCUGACCAACCCUAAUCCCCCAUUUGGGGCCUAUCAGCUUUUCCUUCCUUCAACCCCUGGCCAUAGUUCAUGAGGUCAUAAUAGGAAAGUCACAUUAACUAACAAAACCAAUUUACUUUUAGUACAUGUUUGAACCAAGGGUUGCUGCAAAUGCUGUAAAGCAAUCAUCCGGUGGUGAGUUGAUGGAUUUGUCUAUCCGAGCAACUAUGCUAUUAACAUUGCAUGGCUGGGGAAAAGAUUACCAUGGAUGAAAUAAAAUAAGAACAGGGGGUGGAAACAUUAUAAAUUGAUAUAACACUUCCCUCCCUAGCAUUUUUCAUUACCAAUCCAACAAAUUUUAAAAUCACAGAAACUACAGUAAUGGGUUUAAAUCCACUUUUCUUGAAGUUCUCUGCAACACUGCACCUUUUGUUCUCAUAUUUUUGUCAUUCUUUUUUCUUUUCCUUCUACAGACAACCAGUAGGGACAAUUGUGCUGAUCUUGCCAAUUAUCCCAAUCUCACAGAGAUUGAUCUGUUCACUUACAUUGUUUGGUUGCUCAGCAAAUCAAAGCAUUUUUGGAAUACAUUUUUUUGAGUGUAACGGCUUCUUUGUAAUGUUUCUCUGCUAAGGCUAAUGUAAUGGCUUCUCUGUAAUGUUCACUGCUGAGGUAAUGGUUUCUCUGUAGCAGCAAUGUUUGGGUUAUGACUAGAGAUAACGGGGCUUUGGAAUGCAGGGGUUAGCUGAUGAGGAAAUGUUGUUGUUUCUUGUGUGUCUGGGAGCCGGGUUUAUGCGGUCUUUUAUCGAGGAGAGAAGUGGGAAGACACAUGUGGAGAGAGCUGGUAGACCACCGGAUGGAGUGGACUGGGAUCUGAGGGUCUGAAAGUCGGCAAUGUUCAGAGGAGACCAAUGGUGGAAGAAUAACUACUGAAUGAGCUCCAAUGUGACUUUGACUUGACUUGGGCCCUUUUUGUUUUUGUUUAUUUUCAUUACUAACCCUAUACAGCUGUCCCCCGCUUUACAAAAGUUUGCUUUACGCCACUUUGCUUUUACAAAAGACCUACAUUAGUACCUGUUUUCGCUAACCAAAAGAAAUCCGAAGAGGAUUUUCACUUUUACGAAAAAAAGCACCCGCUGUAAACUUGUGUUUACCCCAAGAAAGACUACCAUGACCGUGAAGCCUUGCGCGGGCAGGUGUAUGCGCAAGCAUGUACAUGCCGACUUUUUUUUCUCUACAAUUCAGUUUUUGGCUAAAUCUUCCCAAUUCUGGUAAGUGAAACUACACUGUACAUGAAUUGUUUCUACUUCAUAUAGGCUGCGUAUUUAUCAUAUCAUUCCUGCUUUUACUAUAUGUUUGUGCUA